AUGAGCACUUGGAACUCUACCUUGUGUUUAAAACUGGUCUGGCUGCUGUUCGCUGGCAGCGGCUCUCUUUGGGUGGCUUGGCACCAUCAUCAUCAUAUCAAAGGUAAAAGUUUCUGGUCUCUAAAGCCUUCUGCCUCUGAUUCUUGGAACUGGAGAUCCUUGCUUUUGCUGCGUCCUCUUGCAGAGAAAUUUUUGACCUGCAACAUAAGGAAUGGAAAGAAUGGUAGUUUCUGGCUUGAUAACUGGCACCCGCUUGGCACUCUCAUCAAGUUUGCUGGCCAGCAGGGUCCCGGAAAACUCAGAAUUCCACUACUCUCUUCAGUGGCUGACGCUUUCGCAAAUUACUCUGCGAGAAUACCGAGACUCUGCUCUCCACAAAUUGUGGCUGUUCAUGAUCUGCUCUCCACUGUCCACUUGACUGACGAUGAGGAGGACCAUGAUUUCUACAGUUGGUUGGGACGUGAUUCAAACCUCAUAAAGUUCCCAACUGCAGAGACUUGGGAUAGUUUAAGACUAAAAGCUCCUGCCAAGGCUUGGUCAUCCUCUGUUUGGUACAAAGGAGCCACACCUAAGCAUGCCUUUAACAUGUGGCUAGCUCAACUUGACAGGCUACCAACUAGAGACCGUCUUAUUGCUUGGGGCAUGCCGAUCUCUCCCGCCUGCUGCAUUUGUUCUCAAUUUGCUGAAUCUAGAGAUCACCUUUUUCUUAGGUGUGUGUUCAGCGAGCAGAUUUGGAAGCUUAUUCUCCUACGACUAAACCCUGUCUCCUUGCACUUUCUAUACUUGGUUUUUUUUUUUUGGGUGGACACGGCUCAGCUCUACCACUGUUCCCACGGUUUUAAGGAAGUUGGUGGCUCAGGCUGCGAUUUCCCAUAUAUGGAAGCAGGGGAACAAUUUUUUUUAUAA